AUGUCCUUCGAAAUCCUCCCAGAUGAGCUCGUCAUCCAAAUCGCAGACUGCCUCGAGCAGAGCGACAUCUACUCUCUCGUUCGGCUGAACCGACGCUACCACCAAACCCUCCUGUUAUACCUCUAUGGCUAUAACAUUCGGUAUCGCGAGUUCAGCGCGAUAAGGCAUCUCGCAGAACAUGGCUACACACAUGUCCUCCACUGGAUCCUCCAGUCCAUUCCACACAUGCCCCGUUCCGUGCGAAAGGAAUGGUCCCACGUGCUAUUUGUGAUCAAACACACAUCCGGGCCCAGCAACCAACCCACCCGGGCUCCGCUCUUCGCCGCCCUGAAGAGAAACGACACCAGCAUGGUCAAGCUCCUCCUGGACAUGGGCUUCGAUCCGAACUCCUCGUCCUACUACCUCUAUCCCGCGUUGGCCGUCGCAGCGGAGCGCGGAUCCACGGAGAUGGUCCAGGUCAUCCUGGACCACGACAGCAGUGCCAACUGCGCUGCUAGCACCUGGGACGCGGCGCUGGCGACAGCCAUAGCAAACGGGCAUGAGCAAAUCCUCUCUAACAUAUUGGCGGCGCUGCGCCGAUGGAAUCCCCGCGACGCCCCGGAACGGACUCGAGAAGCACUGGAAUGCGCCAUCAUGCAUGACCAGCUCUGGGCCGUGAGGCUCCUCCUCGAAGAGGUGGGAAUCCACACCUCCCUGCGCUCGGACAUGUGUCCCCUCGACGUGGCGGUUGUGUGCGGCCGGUCUCGAAUAGCCCGGUUCCUGUUGGACGCGGGCGCCAGUCCGCACCAGACGGCCGGCCACGAUCGACUCACCCCGUUGAUACGCGCCGCUCGCAUCGCAAACGCCGAGCUCGUAAAAAUGCUUCUCGACGCUGGGGCGAAUCCAGACCAGCCCGAUGCGGCGGGACGCACGGCGCUGGGCUGUGCAGCAGAGCGCGGCGACCUCACCGUCGCACGGCUGUUACUUCGACAUCAUGCCGAUGUCUCCAUCAUGAACGAUGCGGGCGACACGCCGCUGGCUAUCGGCGCACGCACCGGGAACGAGCAUAUAGUUAAGAUUCUCCUCGAUCAUGGGGCGAGCCCGAACACGGCAGAUGGCCUUGGCCGCACCCCGCUGUUCCAUGCAGCAGAGCGAGGAGACUCCGCCAUGGCAAGGAUCCUGCUUCGCCAUGGAGCGGAUGCUGCAAGGACGAGCAACGUGGGAGAGACGGCGUUGCUUCCAGCCGUUCGGCGUGGGAAUAGAGAUGUCGCGAAGAUGUUGCUUGAUGCUGGGGCGCCUCCGGACCCGGUGGACGUGUUGGGCCGCACGCCGCUGUCUUAUGCGGCCGAGCGAGGAGAUCUCCCUAUGAUGAGGCUACUGGCGGGACAUAAUGUGGAUUUCGGGACGAGGGAUAUCUUGACCGGCCGGACGCCGGUGCAAUGGGCGGAGGCUAGUCGGAAGACGAAUGCGCUGGAGAUCAUCCGGUUGUUGUUUGGCGGUGGGGGGAUUGAUAUUUCUGUUUAG